AUGCUUAAGCAGACCAAUGAGAGACGGCGGUCUUGGAGCUACAGGCCCUGGAGCCUAGGGGAGAGUGAGGAUGCCAUUGGCACCGAGAGCAGCCAGCCACGCAUGAGCAUCUGCUCCGUGGGGGUCCGUCCCAGCUCCCAGGCCAGCAUCCCGCCCUGGACAGAGGGCAACUACAACUACUACAUUGAAGAUGACAUGGACGGAGCAGAGGAAGAAGACUGGAACGACGACCUCGUAGAGGACGACCAGCCAGCUGAGGGUGUCACCUCCAUCCACACAGAUGACCACAGCGACACUCCCGCCCAGGUGUCCAUGUUGAACGUGAACGUGGGCGGCCACAGCUACCAGCUGGAUUACUGCGAGCUGGCCAGCCACCCCAAGACGCGCCUGGGCCGUCUGGCCACUUCCACCAGCCGCAGCCGCCAGCUGGGCCUGUGUGACGACUACGAGGCCCAGACAGACGAAUACUUUUUCGAUCGUGAUCCGGCUGUCUUCCAGCUCAUUUACAACUUUUACGUGUCUGGGGUGCUGCUGGUGCGGGACGAGCUGUGCCCCCGCAGGUUCCUGGAGGAGCUGGGCUACUGGGGUGUGCGCCUCAAGUACACGCCGCGCUGCUGCCGCAUCAGCUUCGAGGAGCGGCGCGACGAGCUGAGCGAGCAGCUCAAGAUCCAGCGUGAACUGCGCGCUCAGGCACAGGCCGAGGAGGCCGAGGAGCUCUUCCGAGACAUGCGUUUCUAUGGACCGCAGCGGCAGCGCCUCUGGAACCUCAUGGAAAAGCCCUUCUCAUCCGUGGCUGCCAAGGUCAUGGGCGUGGCCUCCAACCUCUUCGUGCUCAUCUCGGUCGUGGCGCUGGCACUCAACACGGUGGAGGAGAUGCAGCACGAGGCAGAGCAGGGCACUGGCGGUGGCGACCCACGACCCAUCCUGGAACACGUGGAGAUGCUGUGCGUGGCCUUCUUCACGCUGGAGUAUCUGCUGCGCCUCAUCUCCACGCCGGACCUGCAGCGGUUUGCGCGCAGCGCCCUCAACCUUGUGGACCUGGUGGCCAUCCUUCCGCUCUAUCUGCAGCUGAUGUUGGAGCGGUUCACCGGGGAGGAUCCGGGCCACGGCAAGGGCUCACCACGGGAGCACGACCUGGAGACAGUGGGCCGCGUGGGCAAGGUGGGCCAGGUGCUGCGCAUCAUGCGCCUCAUGCGUAUCUUCCGCAUCCUCAAGCUGGCCCGCCACUCCACUGGCCUGCGCGCCUUCGGCUUCACCCUCCGCCAGUGCUACCAGCAGGUGGGCUGCCUGAUGCUCUUCAUCACCAUGGGCAUCUUCUCCUUCUCCGCCGCCGUCUACUCGGUGGAGCACGACGUGCCGGGGACCAACUUCACCAGCAUCCUGCACGCCUGGUGGUGGGCUGCGGUGAGUAUCUCCACUGUGGGUUAUGGAGACAUGUACCCGGAGACCCACCUGGGCAGGCUUUUUGCCUUCCUGUGCAUUGCUUUUGGGAUCAUUCUCAAUGGGAUGCCCAUCUCCAUCCUCUACAACAAGUUCUCUGACUACUACAGCAAGCUCAAGGCGUACGAGUAUACUGCCAUUCGUCGGGAGAGGGGAAAGGUGAACUUCAUGCAGAGAGCCAGAAAGAAACUGGCCGAGUGUUUGGUUGGAAGCAACUCACAGCCCGUCCCAAGGCAAGAUCAUUAA